GAAGGUGUGAGGACAGCUUGGCCACCCCCCUACCGUACAGCUCCUUCAGCAGCUCAUCUGUCUACGGUCGGGGAUACGGAGCUGGUUAUGCGAAGCUGAACAGGAAGCAGGGUUCUGGAGGUUGGUCCCCUCUGGAUACAGACCGGUACCAGUGGUUACAGGUGGACCUGGGGUCCAGGAAGCAGGUUGUUGCCAUAGCAACGCAGGGCCGCUACGGCAGCUCUGACUGGACCAGCAGGUACCGGCUGCUGUACAGUGACACGCAGAGGAACUGGAGGCCGUACCUACAGGACGGAAACAUUUGGACCUUUGAGGGGAACGUGAACACUGAGGAUGUGGUUCGCCAAGAACUCCAACACGCCAUCUUGACACGCUACAUCCGUUUCAUCCCACUCGAGUGGAACAAAGAUGGCCGCAUUGGAGUUCGGCUGGAGCUCUACGGCUGCUCGUACUGGGCCGAUGUCAUCAGUUUUGAUGGGAGCGGCAUCAUCUCUUAUCGCUUCAGGAGUAAGAAGAUGAAGAUCGUGAAAGAUGUCAUCACUCUGAAGUUUCGGACCAUGGCCAGAGACGGUGUGCUGCUCCACGGAGAGGGUCAGCAGGGGGACUACAUUUCUCUGGAGCUCAGCCGGGCCAGACUGAUGCUCAGCAUCAACUUAGGCAGCAGUCAGUACGGCUCCAUCCAGGGCCACACUGCUGUAGCCAGCGGGAGCUUACUGGACGAUGACCACUGGCACUCUGUGGUCAUCGAGCGUUACCGCAGGAAUAUCAACUUCACUCUGGAUCACCACACCAAGCAUUUCAGGACAAACGGGGAGUUUGACCAUCUGGACCUUGACUAUGAGUUAAGCUUUGGAGGACUUCCUGCAUCAGCAAAACUAAGUUCAGGAGGAAAGGAGAACUUUGUUGGCUGCAUGGAGGGAAUCACGUACAACGGGGACAACAUCACCAGCAUGGUGCGCAGGAAAAAGGUCGACACCAGCAGCUUUCGGAACCUGACCUUCUCUUGCGUAGAGUCCAGCUCCUCCCCCGUCUUCUUUAACUCCACGUCCUUCCUGCAGCUGCCGGGUCAGAGUAACGGGGACACUCUGUCGGUGAGUCUGUCUUUUCGGACGUGGAACCCCAGCGGGCUCUUGAUGUUCACAGAGCUGGCUGACGGGUGGGUGGAGCUGGGCCUGGUGGAAGGCAAAGUCACAGUCUACAUGAACGUGACUCAGAAGAAGAACACGCGCAUUGAAAUCUCAUCAGGCUCCAGCCUGAAUGAUGGCCAGUGGCACAGUGUCCAUUUAAAUGCGCUGGAAAACCACGCCAUGCUGACAGUUGAUGGAGAUGAGGCAUCAACAGUCAGGACAGCGAUCCCCAUCCAGGUCCAAACUGGAGGAAUCUACUUCUUUGGAGGUGGCCGUUUCCUUCCUGCCAGCAGUCGAUCCCUCCAGCGCUCCUUCCAGGGCUGCAUGCAGAUGAUCCACAUCGAUGACCAUCUGGUGGACCUCAGGGCUGUGGAGCAAGGGCUUAUUGGAACUUUUGAAAAUGUCACCCUGGACAUGUGUGCCAUCAUCGACAGGUGUGUUCCUAACCACUGCGAGCAUGGAGGCGAGUGCUCCCAGACGUGGGACACAUUCAGCUGCAACUGCAGUGGGACCGGGUAUACCGGAGCCACCUGCCAUUCCUCUCUGUACCAGCAGUCAUGUGAGGAGUACGAGCUUCAGGGGCAGAGCUCAGGAACUUACUGGAUCGAUCCAGAUGGAAGUGGACCUAUCGCCCCCUUCAGAGUCCACUGUGACAUGACAGAGGAAACAGUUUGGACCACAUUGAGGAACAACCUCUCUCCUCAGACGUCCGUCUCCAGUCCCGACCAGGACGGCAAGGCGGUUCUGCAGAUUAUUUACAAUGCCACCGAUGAGCAGUUGUGGUCGGUUACCAGCCGAGCAGAAAGCUGUGAGCAGUUUCUGGCGUACGCCUGUCGGAUGUCCCGUCUGCUCAACAGUCCAGAUGGUGUUCCCUUCACCUGGUGGGUUGGACGAGCCAAUGAGAAGCACUUCUACUGGGGCGGUUCAGGACCUGGGAUACAGAAGUGUGCCUGCGGUAUUGAGAACAACUGUACGGAUCCUAGUCGCUUCUGCAACUGUGACGCGGACCUGCGGGCCUGGAAGGAGGAUGCAGGCUUGCUGGUCUACAAAGACCACCUUCCUGUCAGUCAGGUUGUGGUUGGGGAUACAAGCAAAUCUGGAUCUGAGGCUAAGCUGACAGUCGGACCUUUGAAGUGCCGUGGAGACCGGAGUUACUGGAACGCUGCGUCCUUCAUCAGCCCAGCGUCCUCAGUCCACUUCCAGUCCUUUCCAGGAGAAACCAGUAUUGACAUCUCCUUCUACUUCAAGACUUCUUCCACUCAUGGAGUCUUUCUGGAGAGUGUGGGGAGCAGUAGCCGGCUUCACAUCCAAAUCAGAGGAGGCUCAGUGAUCCUGCUGACCCUGGAGGUGGGCGGAGAGCUGCUGCAGCUCAGUGUGCGCUCACCCCGGCCGCUGAGCGAUGACAAGUGGCACCGCGUACAGGUGGAGAAGAACAUCAAGGAGGCCGUCCUGCUGCUGGACGGACAGCACAGAGAGAUCAGAGCCGCCCGAACACAGGCUCACGGCAAACUGGAGCUCUACACAGACCUGUUCCUGGGGGCAUCGAGCGGUCAGCGGAGUUUCCUGGGGUGCAUGCGAGCUCUGAAGAUCAACGGCGUGAUCUUCGACCUGGAGAGGAGGGCAGCGGAGACCCCGGGGGUCAGUCCAGGCUGUCAGGGCCACUGCAGCAGAUACGGGAUGCACUGCAGGAAUGGAGGGAAGUGUGUGGAGCAGUAUAACGGAUACUCAUGCGACUGCUCCCUCACUGCGUACGACGGAGCCUUCUGCACAGACGACGUGGGGGGGUACUUUGAGACCGGAACUCUGGUCCGUUAUGACUUUCUGCCCGACGUGGGGCCCUCUGUGCUGGAUCAGACAAAGAGCUCCCCAGGUUUGGGUCUUUCUAGUGAAGCUAACCUCACUCGAGAGGAGCUAGUUUUCAGCUUCAGCACACACAGCGCCCCCAGCAUCCUGGUCUACGUCAGUUCCCGGAGCCAAGACUAUGUGGCUGUGGUCCUCAGACAGAACGGCACUCUUCAGAUCCGCUACAGUCUUGGGGGGCUGACGGAGCCGUUCACCAUCGAUGUGGAUCGGCGGAACAUGGCCAACGGUCAGCCACACUCGGUCAACAUUACUCGCAGCUUCAGGGAGAUUCAACUGCAGCUCGACCACUACCCGCUGUCCACUUACACUCUCCCUGACACGUCUGAUGUUCACUUCAACUUGGUCAAAAGCAUUUUCCUGGGAAAAGUCUUUGAAACAGGACAGAUUGACCCCAUCCUCAUUGAACGCUACAACACACCGGGUUUCGUGGGCUGCCUGUCCAGGGUCCAAUUCAACAGCGUGGCGCCGCUCAAAGCUGCGCUUCGCUCAGGCAUGACGGCGCCCGUCAGCACUCUCGGGAUACUGGUGCCAUCAAACUGUGGAGCCUCACCCCUAACUAUUUCACCAAUGAGCUCUGCCUUUGACCCCUGGCACUCUGAAACUGCCGGAUCUGUGUUUCCCUUCAAAGAGGAAAAGACUCGCGCCGACGGCGUGGAUCGAAACUCUGCCAUCAUUGGAGGCAUCAUCUCCGUGGUGAUCUUCAGCGUGCUGUGCAUCUUGGUGUUUGUGGUUCGUCACACAUUCCGUCACAAAGGCUCGUACCACACCAACGAGGCCAAGGGAGCCGAGUCAGCAGACUGCGCCGACGCGGCCAUCAUCGUCAACGACCCGGCCUUCACCGAAACCAUCGACGAGAGCAAGAGGGAGUGGUUCAUCUGACGCUGGCAGGAGCGGCGGUCAGAUCUGCGGUGGAGGAGGAGCUGGAGGACAGACGAGCGGUUUAUUUUCAGACUUUGAGGAUGCCGGUGUGUCACAGGUGUCAAAGCACAAGGCACAGCGCUGCCCGGCCUGGCUGUGCAGCGACGGGAGCAGGUUCACGGGAACUCUGCUGCAGGUUGAUGGUGACACUGACGGCCUUCACAGCACAGUGCCAUACUUCACAGGCCUUAGUCGAGUGAGCGCUCGGCCGCUCACGCCCAGCUUUGAUUUCAUGUACAUUAUUUAUUUAUUUAUUCCACACAAUCCUUAAAAAGUUUAUUUCAUUUAUUUAUUUUGAUACAUCCAUAUCUUUCUGCCUUUGUAAAAUAUGUUAGUGAUCUUUAGACAACAUGGCACUGAUAAUAAUGAUGGUAUUAAUUAUGGAUGCAUUACUUCCAGUCAACCAUUAUUGAGGUGUAGCAGUGCGCAGACAUUAGAUUUUUAGAGCAUAUUUGACGUCAUCUUUAGCCUUAUUUUACAUUUCUGACAGUAAGUUUAGCUUAUAGCCUGAAGGAUGCCUGACUUUUUUGUAAGGUGCAGCCAGGACGUGUUUCUCCAUCAGUUAUCUAACGCUCAGGAAAAGGGAGUCUUGUUAGUUUGCAGCCGCUUAUCUGGAAACAUGGAACCAGCUGAUGAAGCCUGAGUCUGAGCUGGGGGGGUGGAGGGUUAGGGUACAUGACCAUCCGUCAGAGUGAGAACAGGUAGGAAAGUUAAUGUCUUGAAGGGUAAAAGAUGAUCAAAUAUUCUACUGCUCCCAGCACCAAUGCUUCACGCUACAAUCCACAGAAGUUCAGCAGAAGUUCAGCAGAUCAAUGUUUUCCAGUCCCACACGACUGGUGCCACGACAGCCGUCAGGUUUAAACAACCUGAAACAUUUCUCUGCAACUACAAGGUCAGAUUUUUACUUGAAGGAGAGCGGACAGAGAGCGUCCAGUCUCCACUCUGCUCUGAAGCGCUCCCUGCUGAACCCUGUCUUUUAUUUAGUUUAGUUCAGGGCGUUCCCUAAUUACACGAGGUCUGCAGCUCUGAAGGGAGGGGGACAGAACAGCUACAGACCGGUUUUUAUCGUCACUGAUAUCAUUAUGUGAAUGCUUAAUAAGCAUUCUCACAAGAGUGAUUCUCCUGCUCCUUUCAGAACAUUUUUUGGCAUGUAAAAACUCAAUCAGACUUUCAGGUAUUUCAGCAAUCUCAACAUCAAAACAUUCAGCUUGUUCAGGACAUUACUGCUUGUUCUUUUGGAAUUCAUAAACUUUAUAGUUUUUUGAAUAUUGAGCAAAAAAUGUCUUUAAAUUUCUAAAUUUUAAGUAGACUAGAA